AUGACCGAAAAUUUCCAAGUUAAACUAACUAUAAAAAGUGCUAAAUUGCCCGAAAAUGGUCUCAAAACUGAGUAUAUGUGUGAAUUUUCCGUAGAUGCAGAGGCCAGUAGGAAGAGUGAGUAUUCGAAAAAGUCCAAAAUUCCAAAAUGGGACGAGACCUUUUCGGUUCUUUUAACACCGGCUUCAAAACUGGAAUUUCACUUGUACAAGAAAGGAAAAUCUGAGAAGUAUUUAUCUGGGACUAUAGAUGUUCAACCAAUCGUUGAACGCCACAAUGGGACGUUACGUAAGGUGCCUGUUACAGUUAAGCUGGCCAACUGUGGGCUAAAGGGUGAGUUGGAAACCGAGUUAGAUGGUAUUCUUCUGCGCAGUAAUAACCAGCUAACUGCGCCUCAGACUAAUGGAACAACUAGCCCUCCAGCAAACUGCAGCAGGAGCUCUGAAGGCCUUCCUGCUGGUUGGGAGAUGAGGCAAACGCCAGAAGGUCGGAAAUAUUACGUAAAUCAUAACACUAAAACCACACACUGGACAUUGCCUUCGAGCGUUGGUGCGAGUACACCAGGGACUGUUGCCGCUCCGGCAUUCACUGCUAGCUCAUCUCAAAAUAGCCCUGCGCGCUCGGCUGCAACGGCAAAUUUAGCAGUACCGGCGGGUUCAUCUGCAACUUCGUCCGCUGUUCCAGCUAAUGUCGCGGAGACUCGUCUACCGCCUAAUGUUGAAGCGCGUCAAGAUAAUAUGGGAAGAACUUACUACGUCGAUCAUUUGACAAAGACUACAUCUUGGGAGAGACCGGAUCCAUUACCUCUUGGUUGGGAUCGGAAACUUGAUCAGAGAGGUCGCCUUUAUUACAUCGAUCAUAACACAAGAACAACCACUUGGCAAAAACCGACAUCGGAGUCAGUGAGAAACUAUCAAAGUUGGCGAGGAGCCGAGGAUCGAAACUAUCAACAACAGCGGGCGAAUCUGGACAGUCGAUACUCGAAUCAGUAUACGAUUUCUUCAGCGGACGACGGCGAAGGGCCUCUGCCCGCUGGAUGGGAGCGAAGAACAGAUAGUAAUGGACGCUCCUAUUACGUCGACCAUAAUACGAGAACUACGUCUUGGGAAGAUCCGAGAAGAAAUCUAGCGGCAGCACCGCAACAGCCUUUACCACCUGGAUGGGAGAUGCGUUUGUCACCCGAAGGCUAUCCUUAUUUUGUGGAUCAUAACAACAGGAAAACUACCUUCACAGAUCCUCGAACUGGAAAAUCGGUUGUCACUGCGGGACACAUCAGCCAAUUCAGCUAUGAACGUAACUUCAAAUUCAAAAUGAACCAGUUUCGCUAUCUCUGUCACCAACAUGCAUUGCCGAAUCAAGUUAAAAUUACGGUAUCCCGUACUAAUGUUUUUGAAGACUCUUUUCACCAAGUUAUGAAAAACACGCCAAGUGAUUUACGAAGACGGCUGUUUAUCCAUUUCAAAGGCGAGGAUGGAUUAGACUAUGGAGGUGUGGCUAGAGAAUGGUUUUUCAUGCUCUCUCGUGAAAUGCUGAACCCAAUGUAUUGUCUCUUUGAGUAUGCUAACAACAAUUCCUAUUCACUCCAAAUAAACCCAGCCUCCGAUGUGAAUCCAGACCAUUUAAUGUACUUUAAGUUCAUAGGGAGGGUAAUUGCACUGGCUCUUUUUCACGCGAAAUACAUUGACAGCGGGUUUACUUUGCCUUUCUACAAACGUCUUUUAAACAGACCGCUCAACUUGACUGAUUUGGAAUCUGCAGACCCUGAGUUCUACAAUUCUAUCAAGUACAUACAAGACACGAACUUGGAUGAAAUGGAUGACUUGUAUCUGGUGUUUGCAGACAGUUACGAGAAGCUGGGAAACGUCGAGACUGUUGAACUGAAACCGGGUGGCGGAGAAAUCAGUGUCACGGAGCAGAACAAAGAGGAAUAUAUUAGACUGCUGGUUCAGUUUAGAUUUUCAAGGGGCAUUGAAGAACAGACGAAGUCUUUUCUUGAAGGGUUCAACGAGAUAGUGCCUGCCAGCUGGCUGCAGUACUUCGACGAGAAGGAAAUCGAAGUAAUGUUGUGUGGCAUUCAGGAGAUAGACGUGGACGACUGGGAGGCAAACACUACAUAUCGAAACUAUACAAAGACGUCCAAACAGAUCCAGUGGUUCUGGCAGUUCGUGCGCGAAAUAGACCACGAGCAGAGGAUCCGACUGCUCCAAUUCGUCACGGGAACUUGCAGGGUCCCCAUGGGAGGAUUCGCGGAACUGCUCGGCUCAAACGGACCUCAGAAGUUCUGCAUUGAGAAGACUUUGAAGGAGAACUGGUUGCCCCGCUCGCACACCUGCUUCAACAGACUGGACUUGCCGCCCUACAAGAGUUACGAGCAGCUGAAAGAGAAACUUCUGUUUGCCAUGGAAGAGACAGAGGGCUUCGGGCAGGAGUAAUUGGCCAACUAAUAGUAAAAGAAACGUACCAAGCAACUGGCCCAAAACUCACUCACCUGUUUUUAAAUUACAAUAAUCCAAUCUACUCUUGAACAUAAUAUAUAUUUAAAAAAUCCAAUCUCCUAUUGCUAUUGUCUCUAUUUGAACCAGUAAUAUGAAUCCUUUCUAGUUUUCUAAAGUUAUUCGAUAUCAUUAUCACUCGUCUCAUUUUUCUUUGCAGUUAAUGAAAAUUUGCAGACAAAGAUGUCAGUUGAUCAAAUGAGAUCGUGAAAACAAAAAUAGAAGGGUGUUGAUAUUGUCUAUGUCAAAAAUGAAAGCCGAAAGCGAUAUUGCUGAGUAAUCAUGAUUGGACUCACUUUGUAGCUGACUGAGAGACAUUUGUUCCACUAUCAGUUGAUAGUUAGUUUAAGAUGUUCUAUUUUUUUCUGAUGCUCAAUUCUUUCAAAAUCGUUUGACCACAUCAACUUUUUAGUCCCACCUCGCUUACCUCGUCCCCUAUCAAUUCAUUGUACAGCUGUUUAUAGUCCCUCUCAACUAAGUUCUAAUUAUUUAACCAGCCAGUGUGAGGGGCAAGAUAUUUGUUCUCGAGAUCACGUUGAAAGUCAACACUUUAUUGAUGCUGUUGGCCAAAAUUAAGCGUAAAUCGACUUGGUAUGUUUCGGUUGUAUACCUUCUAAAGGGCAUUUUCUAUUUUUUUACCGAAAAAUUGAGCUGAUUGUUUAAAAUACUUUCGCUGGCACAUCAAUGCAAGAGUAAAAAUCAACCGCAAAUUUGGGCGAGGCAACCGAAAAGUACCAUGUCUAUUCUAAAAUUGCGCGAGUAGUGAAGUUCUAAUAAUUUGAUCCAAUUUUGAGGUACUGUAAUGAUUCAAUGUCCGCCUGUAAAUGUGCUAUUAACUUCUGCUUCAAACAACAUGACUCCGUCACAUGGCAAAGUUAGUUAUACUUGAUACGUGAGUGUUUUGAUUUUGAAGUAUUAUAGUGGAUUAAUGUUUCGACAAUAAUCAGCUUGUCCCGAAUUUAGUUUUUUAGAUAUCAGAUGAAUUUAUUAUUUACCAAUUUC